AUGACGAUUCACCACAUAGCUCACAGCACAGUCCUGUACAAGUUCAAGCCUGAGACAACCCCAGAACAAAAGCAGAGCGUGAGGGACUCUGUUAGCGCCCUUCCAUCACAGAUACCCGCAAUCCAGAGCCUCAUCACUGGUGAAACAGUGUUCAAUCCCCUUGGACACGGCUAUGACGAAGGGGUUAUCUUUGUAUUUGAGAGCGUAGCCAAGCUGGAUGAAUAUCGCCCGCACAAGGCGCAUCUUGAUUAUCAGGCAUUCGCAGGGCCUUUUAUGGAAGAAAGUUCAUCAGAGAUUCCAUCCUCAGAAACACUUGCCAUUAUAAGGGGUCAAACAGCGCCUAAUGCGUUCAUAUAUGGAAGAACGGCUAUCCUCCUUCUAUGUGGUCCGGCGGAUAUGGUUCAUGUGGAGGCUGCUGAAGAUAAGCUCAUAUUCGAUAUCGAAUCGAAUCCCACCGCUGGUUCAGUAGACCCUCCUCCCAACCAGCUUCAAGUCGAGAUUCUAACACACACCGCAGUCCUAUUAAAGUUCAAGCCUGAAGCAACCCCAGAGCAAAGACGGAGUGUGAGGGACUCCGCCAACACCCUUCCAUCGCAGAUACCCGCCAUCCAGAGCAUCAUUACUGGCGAAACAGUGUUCAACCCCCUUGGACAUGGGGUUAUUUUCCUAUUUGAGAGCGUAGCCAAGUUGAACGAGUAUCGUCCGCACAAGGCGCAUCUUGAUUUUCAGGCGUUCGUGGGGCCUUAUGUCGAAGAUAAACUCAUCUUUGAUAUCGAGACAGCCUAG